AUGGCGCCCUCGAGUCAACCCGACCAAAACCCUGAUUUUUGGGCUCCGGGAACGGUAAUCAUAGCUGAUCGCGACGAGCUCAUCAACGGCGCGAUCUUGCAUCCAACUCCGACAGACGACCCGAAUGACCCCUUGAACUGGAGUGCACUGCGAAAAGCCGUCAACUUCGCCCUCGUGUCUCUAUAUGUCCUGCUCACCUUUGUUCAGCUCGACAUUGGAUUCACGGCCUGGGAGCAAAUGCAAGGGGAACUAAGAUUCUCAGUUGAUCAGCUCAAUGGAUCUGCCGCUGUCAACUAUGCCGGUUUGGCUGUGGGCUGCAUUCUCUUUAUUCCUUUCGCCUACAAGUAUGGCCGCCGACCAGUCUACCUGUUCAGCGCACUGCUGCAGUUUGUCGGCUGCAUCUGGUUUGCGACGACAAAGAAUAUAGGGGAUUCAUACGGAAGCAACCUGAUUUCCGGGCUCGGAGGAGCCAUAAGCGAAACCAUCGCGCAGAUGACCAUCGCUGACCUUUUCUUCGUUCACGACCACGCAUCCAUGAACGGAUGGUACCUCUUCUCCACCUUCACCGGCGCCUACCUUGGACCAGUGGCCUCAGGAUACAUCGUCGAGAGUCAAGGAUGGCGAUGGAUGUGGUGGUGGUGUGUUAUACUCUUCGGGAUCAACCUUGUAUUGAUUCUCCUGUUUUUCGAGGAAACCAAGUUUACCCGUGUUCUGACAGGCUCACACGAGGUUGCAUCUGACCAAGGCGAGAGAAACGAGUCGACGGAGACCUCUCGAGAUAAGCAGGCCCAGCUACAGCAGGUUAGCUCUGCUGUUCAGCUUGAGUCUCCACCCCGCAAAAAGUCAUACCGCGAGCGCCUUGCAUGGGUCACCAAAACUGAUGGCUCCAUGCUACACGACUUCUACCAGCCCGUGGUGGUCUUGUUCACCUUCCCUGCGGUUGCUUACACGGCUGCCACAUUUGGUACCCUUUUGGCAUGGUUUGCCAUUCUGGUCUCUACGCAGUCAACCUACCUAUUUCUUCCACCGUACAACUUCACUGCGGUCGGUGUAGGGUUGAUGAACCUCGCCCCGUUCGUCGGCGCGCUCCCCGGAGUCUUCUUUGGCGGAUACCUGAACGACAAGUCUAUUGUGUGGCUGGCCAAGAGGAACAACGGCAUCUACGAACCUGAGAUGCGUCUCUGGAUUGCUCUUCCGAUGGCCAUCAUUACCCCGGCCGGCAUUCUUACAUUCGGUCUGGGGCUGAACAGCGGAGCUUCAUGGCCUGUCCUUGCCGUCGGCCUCGGCAUGUUUGCAUUUGGUCUCACCGUUGCCAGCGACGUUGCACUCUCCUACUCAAUGGACUGCUAUCACGAUAUUGUCGGAACUGCGUUGGUGGGUGUCGUCUUUGUUCGCAACGUCCUCGCCGUGGUGGUUUUGUUUGCCCUCACCCCAUGGACCAAAGCCAUGGGCCUUCAGGGGCUGCACAUCUUCAUCUCUGUCGUCUGCUUUGUGGUGCUCCUCCUCCCUGCGGUAUUGCUUGUUUGGGGUAAGAAGGGAAGAGUGGCGACCAGGAACGCUUAUAUGAAGAUGUCACAACAGCAGCCGACGGGACGCGACUUUUCUUAG